AUGAUACGACUAAGUACGGGAAAUAAAAAAAGACUAAUUUAUUUAUUAAUAUUAUAUAUUUUCUUUUUAAAGGGAUCUAUGAAUAUUUAUAUAAAGAAAGCUGGAUAUUGUUUGAGGGAAAAUAAUAAUUUAUUUUAUAUAAAAAAUAAUAUAUUUAAUUUUUUUAAAAAGGGAAAUCGAAACAUAACAACAUAUAAUAAUAAUAAUAUAAAGAGAAGCAUAACAACUUAUAACAAUAUAAAGAAAAACACAACAAUGGAUUUUUGUGAAGUGGAUUUAGAUGAAUUUUGUUACAAGCAAUUUGAUAAAACAAAUAAAUCAUGCUCUCAUAUUCCUUAUGAUAAAAAUGAAUUUAUUAAUAAAGUAAAUGAACUUAUAAAGGAGAAAAAAAUAAAAGUAGUACCUGGUUAUGCAAGUUUUUGUAAACACAUAUUUGUAGAAAAUUUUACUGAUGCAACAAUUGAAGCAAUUGAAAUCAAUAGUAAUAAUCGAGCAUUGAUAAAAACAGAUUAUAUAUCAAGAAGAGAUACAGAAUUACCUGUCCUUAUUAGAUGGAUAUCAAAAAAAGAUGUUAAAGAAAAUAUGAAAGCAAAAUAUUUAGAUUUAAUUUUAUAUUCACGUGAGCAAAUAGAAAAAGAAAAUCAAGAAACAAAUAAUAUCCCCAAAGUAAAAUCAACUUGUUUAUAUUCAAUAAUUUCUAUUAAGCCACAAAAUGAAGAUUAUGAAUUACCUAUGACACCAAUCACUAUGCUCAGAAACACAUUAAUAACCGAAGGGGGUAGUGGAGUUAGUUUAAACAGAGAGAAGUAUCUUGAGUCUGUUAAAUAUUGGAGAGAUCACGUCUCUAUAUUUGAUAAUUAA